AUGGUAAAUACUACGCAGGUUUUAAUGUUCACACUAAGUGCCUAUCUUGACACCGGUGUUCUCAAAUAUUUAUAUUUCUUGUGGAUUUUGUCCUUAUAUGUCUUCAUAGUGUGUGCCAAUGUGCUGCUGGUUGUGGUUAUCUGUGUGAACAGGAGCUUACAUGAACCUAUGUACCUUUUUCUGGUCAGCCUGUUUGUAAAUGAACUGUAUGGUAGUACAGGGUUGUUUCCAUUCCUUCUGGUUCAGAUCCUCUCGGACAUUCACACUGUUUCUGCUCCCUUCUGCUUCCUGCAGAUCUUCUGUGUGUAUACUUAUGGCAGUGUAGAAUUUAUUAACUUAGCCGUCAUGUCUUAUGACAGAUAUCUUGCCAUCUGUUAUCCUCUGCAGUAUAACACACGUAUGACAUCCUCCAAGGUUGCCGUGCUUAUUGCUCUAACAUGGUUAUACCCAUUUAUUGGAGUUGGGGUCACAAUAUCUUUAAGUUCUCCUUUACAGCUGUGUGGGAACAUCAUUAAAACAGUUUACUGUGAUAACUAUGCUAUUGUCAAACUGGCCUGCUCUGACACCAGAGUGAACAACAUUUUUGGACUCUCUUACACUUCUCUUGUAGUCUUUGUUCCUCUGAGUUUAAUCCUCUACACCUACAUGAGGAUCCUUAAAGUGUGUUUUUCUGGUUCUAAGCAGACGAGACAGAAAGCUGUCAGCACCUGCACCCCCCACCUCGCUUCUCUCAUCAACUUUUCUUUUGGUACUUUAUUUCAAAUAUUACACAGCAGGUUUGAUAUGAGCAGUGUACCCAUUAUGUUACGAAAUAUUUUAUCAUUGUACUUUCUGACCUGCCAACCGCUCUUUAACCCUUUAAUGUAUGGACUGCAGAUGACUAAAAUACGUAGCUUAUGUAAAAAUCUCAUAUGUGGUUGUUAG